AUGAUGGCCAUGAACAGUAAGCAGCCUUUCAGCAUGCACCCUAUGCUACAGGAACCCAAAUACUCAAGUCUGCAUUCCAGUUCAGAGGCUAUGCGCAGAGUUUGCCUUCCAACCCCUCAGCUCCAGGGCAAUAUAUUUGGAGGCUUUGAUGAGAGUCUGCUGGCCCGCGCUGAAGCUCUGGCGGCUGUUGAUAUUGUCUCACACGGCAAAAACCAUCAUUUCAAGCCAGACAUUACCUACCAUACCAUGAGCAGUGUCCCUUGUACUUCAACCUCCUCAACAGUACCCAUUUCUCACCCUUCCUCACUAACCUCUCAUCCACAUCAUUCAGUGCACCAAUGUUUGGAAGGAGAUCUUCUGGACCAUAUUUCACCGUCCUUGACUGUAAGUGGCAUGGGGACUGCUGACCAUACAGUUAUGUCCUCACAGAUCCAUCCACACCACCUAGGAGCCAUGGGGCACCUUCACCAAGCCAUGGGUAUGGGUCACCCUCAUGCUGUCUCAACACACAAUGGGAUGUCCUGCAUCAAUGAUGUGGAAUCGGAUCCAAGGGAGCUGGAGGCAUUUGCGGAGAGGUUCAAACAGAGGCGGAUAAAACUUGGAGUUACCCAAGCAGAUGUUGGAUCAGCACUUGCCAACUUGAAGAUCCCUGGUGUUGGCUCCCUGAGCCAGAGCACCAUCUGCAGGUUUGAAUCUUUGACUUUAUCGCACAACAACAUGAUAGCCCUAAAACCUGUCCUCCAAGCAUGGCUGGAAGAAGCUGAGGCUGCUUACAGAGAGAAAAACUCCAAGCCUGAACUCUUCAAUGGUAGUGAGAGGAAGCGAAAACGCACCUCCAUAGCUGCCCCAGAAAAAAGAUCCCUGGAAGCUUACUUUUCAAUACAGCCUAGACCUUCCUCAGAGAAAAUCGCUGCAAUUGCAGAGAAACUGGACCUCAAAAAGAACGUGGUUAGAGUCUGGUUUUGCAAUCAGAGACAAAAACAAAAAAGAAUGAAAUAUUCUGCAGUUCAUUAA